CCCGCCCUCUCCUAGACCCUCGUCUCUCUGAGUCCCUAUUUCCCAAACCCGGUACUGCCGGGUGCUGACUGUAGCCAAGGGUUUCUGGUCCCUCUGCCGCCUAAGCUGUGGGUGCAACCCGGGGCUGUCGCGGGCCGCCCGGACCCGAGAGGCUGCUGCACUGGGCCUCAUUUACAUCUAUGGGUGCUGGAGCUCUUACCUCGCUGCUCCCAGACCCCGGCACUUCCCUCUAUUGAGGCCAUGGAGGGCCCCCUCUCUCGGACAGGUGGGUCCCCAGACUUUAUCCCCUCCAAGGCUCAGCGAUAUCUCCUCACUGACAAGGGUGUCCCCUACCUACUGCUGGUGGACGAGGAGGCACUGAGGGAGGCCGGGGUCAAUGGGACUUCGGUUCAGAAAAAGUGCUACAGCUGUCCGGUGUGCUUUAGGGUCUUCCAGUACAUGUCUUACCUUCAGCGACACAGCAUCACCUACUCCGAGGUGAAGCCGUUCAAAUGCGACACCUACGGGAAGGCAUUCAAGCGGGCCAGUCACCUUGAGCAGCACCACUCCAUUCAUAGGGGGUGCCCUCCCCGCUUCCGGGAUGAGGGUGAGUUGGCCCAGCACAUCCGUGGAUGCCCGUUCCAGUGCCUGCAUUGCCCGUGCUGCUUUACCAAGCAGAACACAUCACAGAACCACACGCGGUGGAAGCAUCCAUGAACUGUUCCUGGGGACCCCAGGGAUCCUGGGUCUCCUGAAUCAGACACUGGCCUGAGUUGCAGGCUGGCUUUCAGGGUCCUGGACACAAACCCAGACCAACCUCUUUGAUGUGAGCCUUGCCUGGAAGAGUCUUUGAGCUGUUAGUGCAUCAUAGUGCUUUGGAGCUAUGAUGGGAAUGAGCCCUCAAAGAGAACAGCCCUGCAUCUUGAACACUUGGGAUAUUAUUCCCGAGUCCUGACCGGAGGAACGGAGGACAAUGCUGUUUGGGAAAAACUCUUGCCUCAGAAGUUUUGGUGGGCUGUCAAAAGUCUCCUCUAUUUUGACACUGGAGGUAGGGCCCUAGACUAGACACCCAAUAAACACCCCACUCUCAA